AUGCAGAUUGUGACAAAUGGAAUGGAGUUUACGGUAACAUUAGCGUCAGGUGUCACGUUUAAUGCUAAAGGUGCACAGUCUACAGCUAUUGACAAGGCCAGUCACAAAGUAUUUACUAAAGCUGCCAAAAUUUACGUUGCUUUUCCUUAUCGUGUCGUUGAACAAAACGGAGGAAUUUCAAGUGACUGCAACAGACUGCGACCGUGGAAAGAUACUCAUUUUAUACAUGGACUUUUGAAAUCGUGCAGGAUACCUAAUAUUCCAAGAGGGUGUGCCGAUAGAGUUUGUAUACCAGAAUGUAACUGUCCCAAUAGCACGUGGUUUGAUAAUGACCCAAACGUUUGGUACUGCGUUCAACAAGGCUACUGCAAAGAUGGCCCUGGUAUUAAGUCUUGGCCAUGUAAAAAUAACCUCGUUUCCGUAAUUUGUAAAGGCGACUGUCCUCCUACUUGUCAAGAUCCUUUCUCGGGUGGAUGCAACACCAAAUGUGUUAGUGUUUGUCAAUGUCCAGAGCCACUUGUUUAUGACUCAGCUACUGAGACUUGCUUUCCCGUGGACGAAUGUCCAACAGAAUCACCAACGAAAGGUUCUUCUGGAGCUGGAGUUUUACCUACGACUGUGACAGCAUUCUCUAGCCAAUCGACCACAUCACAUUCAUCUCAUCCACCAUCUUCACUUGAAACAACACAACCUAAUACUCCAACUGUUGCGUCUCGUUCUGAUUCUAGUAACGUGAGCACGAGUCAUACUACUGACAAUGUUGUCAGCACAGCAAGCAAUAGAGUUUCAAAGACUGACACUUUGCCAUCAACAGCAGAAAAUAAUAUGACGUCAUUAACUCCUUCUAUAAAUACUACCUUGACAACUAGAAAACAGAACACCUCAACACCAUUAUCAUACAAUCAACGACCUAGUCAGGAGAUAACAAUUACUGUAAGUGGAAAACACACUACUGAAGUACCGAUAAAUGUGAAUCAAACGAGUCAUCCUGUACUAACAACAACAACAACAACAACAACAACAACAGAACAGACUAAUUCACUAGCAUCAUCGUCAUCUACUCAAUCAACGACGGAAACAAUCUCAGCUAGUUCACUGGCACUAUCUACUGCUACUGCAAAGACAAGUUUAGUAAACUCAACUUCACUAGCAACGUCUACUGCUGCUUCAACAACUAGUCUAAAUCCAACGACGAGUGAAACACAGGCUAGCUCUUUGGCGUCAUCCACGUUCGUCUCAAUUACUCGUAAACACUCAGUGGCAACCACAAAACUGCCAAUUUCAUCAAAACAAUCAACAUUUGUACAAACCUCAAGUCUAAUACCAACAACUGUUGGCAAUAAGGAAACUAUUUCUUCAGCUACAAAACCCACAAAUCCAAAAUUAACAACAACUAGAAACCAAAGUCCACCAACAUCAUCAACAGGUAAACAACAAACCACUCUAUCUUCAAACGUUAGAAGCUCUUUACCAGCAUCAAAAACGGAAAACGUUUAUGUCACUUCUUCGUUACAAGCAACUAUCAAUACAAGUUCUUCUGGAAUAAGUACAACAAUAGUUGCAAUCAUAGCGACAGCUGCAGCAACUGCAGCAGUGAUUGCUACAUGUGUGGUGUUCCUAGGAUAUUUCCUCUUCAGGAGAAGAAACAGAAGACGUCGAUAAGCAUUACUAGAGAAUCAGACAAGUUGUAGAAAUUCUUCCUACAGUAAACGCAUCGAAUUGGAGCUGGACAAAUUAGUAGAAGAAUUUCAGUAGCUCAAAGUGAUGACAGACUUCAAGGGCGUAACUAUCAUUAAUAUUUUACCGAGGCAAGUUUAUAUAAAUUAAUUAAUUAAGCAGUAUUUUGUCUUUAACCUACUUUAUGUAUAAUUUAAGUAAACAUGGCUUCUA